CUAUCCGUAUUCUGUGGCCUGUGCGGCUUUGCUUGUACUCACGUCUCACAACUUGCGGAUGAAUUUUUCACGUUUUUACUUGUCGGGCUCAAAAUUGAAAAUAAUAACUGCCGUUCAAUUACGCUUACAAUAUGUCUUUGAAUCCAGCUUAUGAGGCUAUUGGAAAGGGGUUCGUACAACAAUAUUACGUGCUAUUUGAUGACCCAUCCCAGAGGCCUUCACUGGCUGCCAUGUAUAACCCGGAAACAUCUUUUAUGACUUUUGAAGGGGUUCAACUACAGGGUACAGUUAAAAUAAUGGAAAAAUUAAAUAGUUUAACUUUCCAAAAAAUCAAUAGAGUUGUAACAUCUGUGGACUCGCAGCCAAUGUUUGAUGGUGGUAUAUUAAUCAAUGUCUUAGGUCGUUUACAGUGUGAUGAAGAUCCGCCUCAUCCAUUCAAUCAAGUAUUUGUAUUAAAAUCAGUAGGUAGUAMUUUCUAUUGUGCCCAUGACAUCUUUCGUUUAGGAAUUCAUGAUACUAUGUAAAACAUUGUAUCAUUAUAUUAUGUUUUAUGUCACUUAUGUGUUGUCAAUAAAUCAGUUUCGGUAACCAAUGAUUAUAAAAGAAACAAUUUUUUAAGCA